AUGGCCGCCUCCACCAUGUCCAUCUGCUCUGACGCUUGCACCAACUCCUCCUGGCAGGUGGAUGACUGCCCAGAGAGCUGCUGUGAGCCUAGCUGCUGUGCCCCCAGCUGUUGCCAGACCAGCUGCUGUGCCCCCAGCUGCUGCCAGACCAGCUGCUGUGCCCCCAGCUGUUGCCAGACCAGCUGCUGUGCCCCGGCAUCUUGUAUUACCCUUGUCUGUACCCCAGUGAGCUGUGUGUCCAGUCCCUGCUGCCAAUCUGUCUGUGCUAGCUCUUGCGAACCCUCAUGCUGCCAACAGUCUAGCUGUUGUGGUACCUGCUCUCCUUGCCAGCCAUCCUGCUGUGUGACCCUGUGCUGCAAGCCUGUCUGCUGCACGCCUGUCUGCUGCAAGCCUGUCUGCUGCACACCCAUCUGCUCUGGAUCCUCCUCCUGCUGCCAGCAGUCUAGCUGCCAGCCCUCAUGCUGCCAAUCCUCCUGCUGUGUGCCUAUCUGCUGCAAGCCUGUCUGCUGCAAGCCCUGCUCCAGCGUGUCCCUGCUCUGCCGCCCUGUGUGCAGACCUGCCUGCUGUGUUCCCAGCUCCUCCUGCUGUGCCUCCUCCUGCCAGCCCAGCUGCUGCAAGCCCUGCUCCAGUAUGUCCCUGCUCUGCCGCCCUGCCUGCUCCAGCCAGGCCUGCUGUGGCCUCUGCUCUGGCCAGAAGUCCAGCUGCUGCUAA